AUGCUUCUCCGAUCCGUUCUCGUCGCGCUUUUCGCCUUCGUCUGUGCGGUCAUCUCACAGAAGAGUGAAUCGAAGGGAUCACCGGAAAUGGCGAUGCCCGUUUACGGGGUUGCCGCUCCUGAUGCAGCUGAAACAAUCGCUCGAGUGGAGAACGAAUUGGUGGGCGCGCUUCGUAUGCUCGGAACUCUUGAAGAAGAGCCAAAGAUCGCCGAGAAACGCCGAAACAAAUUCGAUCAAAAAUUAUUCCCCUUUGGC